AUGGAUAAUUCACAAAACGCGAGUUACCAAGCCGGCCAGGCCAAGGGCCAAAUGCAGGAAAAGGGAAGCCAAAUGAUGGAUAAGGCAAGCAAUGCGGCUCAAUCUGCUAAGGAAUCCAUGCAGGAGGCAGGGCAGGAGGCGAAGGCCAAGGUACAAGGAGCAGCCGAUGCUGUUAAAAAUGCGACGGGGAUGAACAAAUGA